CACGAGCGUCGCAUGGUAAAACGUCACGCCAAAUUGUAUACAGACGAUCAUUGUCACAUGCCGACUUCUCACAUGACCUACUGGGGAAGUUCUGCACUGAUGUUUGACAUGUCUGCCCGGCUGCUUUUGAUCUUUUGCGUAUUAAUUUUUAGUUUAGAUAUAAGCCAUGGACUUCCACGCAGUGGGUUUCAGAUCAGUUCCUUUGAAAAAGAUAAUUUUGGAAUGAAACUAAGCGAACCCGAAAAAGGCAGAGAUGUAUCAGCAGAAAGGUUAAUCAAAAAGGCUCGUUGGAAGAGCAAUAGCGACCCUCCGACACCCCAAUUCAAAGAGAAAUAUUUCUCUCAAAUGAUAGAUCACUUCAACUUUAACAGUAUGGGCAACGGCACCUACGACCAGAGAUAUUUAAUUACAGAUCAGUUCUGGAAGAAAGGCGUCGGACCUAUUUUUUUCUACACUGGAAACGAGGGAGACAUUUGGGAUUUUGCUAUGAAUUCUGGAUUUAUAACUGAACUGGCAGCACAGCAGGAUGCAUUGGUGAUAUUUGCUGAGCAUAGAUAUUAUGGCAAGUCGCUCCCCUUUGGCAACAAUUCUUUCAAAAUCCCGGAGAUCGGGCUGCUGACUGUGGAACAGGCGCUGGCAGACUAUGCUAUUAUGAUCACAGAGCUCAAAAGGGAACUUGGCGCCACAAUAUGCCCCGUCAUUGUUUUCGGUGGAAGUUAUGGAGGUAUGCUGAGUGUCUACAUGAGACUGAGGUACCCAAAUAUAGUAACGGGAGCUCUGGCUGCCAGUGCCCCCAUCUUAUCUACAGCUGGAAUGGGGGAUCCAAGGCAGUUCUUCCAGGAUGUGACUGCAGACUUUGAAAGCUACAAUCCCUCCUGCAGUGUUGCAGUUAGGGGAGCCUUUUCCCAGCUCGAGGGCCUCGCUCACCAUGAAGAUUAUAGACGUAUCCAGUCAUCUUUUAAUCUCUGCAAUACCCCAGAAUCCAGGCAAGACAUUCAUCAGCUUAAGGGGCUCCUGCGUAACGCCUUUACGGUCAUGGCUAUGCUUGACUACCCCUACAGCACCCAUUUCAUGGGCCGAAUGCCAGCUAACCCAGUGAAGGUGGCCUGUGAUACUAUGCUAAAUGGACCGAAUUUACUGUCUGCCCUAAGAGAAACUGUGGGUAUAGUGUACAACUCCACAGGUGAGCUCCAGUGUUAUGACAUCUACAGAGCUUACGUAGAGUGUGCUGAUCCCACCGGUUGUGGCCUUGGACCUAACAGUCUCGCCUGGGACUACCAGGCCUGCACGGAGAUCGAGUUGUGCUUUGAGAGCAACAACGUCACGGACAUGUUCCCGCCGCUGCUCUUCACAGAGCAAGACCGGGAGAGUUACUGCACAAAGAAGUGGAGCGUGGUGCCGCGGCCAGGCUGGCUGAGAGCCCAGUUCUGGGGGGACGAUCUUUCCACAGCCAGCAAUAUCAUUUUCUCCAAUGGCAACCUUGAUCCAUGGGCAAAUGGAGGGGUACAAAAGUCGCUGAGCCCGUCACUCAUUGCAGUCAACAUCCCUGAAGGGGCACACCAUUUAGAUUUAAGAGGGUCGAAUCCAGCUGAUCCCUUAUCAGUGACUGAGGCCCGCAGGAAGGAGUCUGAAAUAAUUGCCCAUUGGGUGAAAAUGGAGGAAAAUUAAACACUCUGAAAAUGUACCUCGAAAUGACAACACACAGGUGUAUACAUUGAAAUUUAUGAACUACAAUUUUAUUAACCUUUCGUAAAAAUUUAAUGCCAACAUUUGUACAAAUGCAAUAAAAUCAAUAGUCUUUUUCAAAAAA